UGGAGUCUCAGCUCUGGGGAGAGCUGGUUUGUCCUGAUGAAGAUGGAGAUCUGCCUGUUCAUCCUCCCUCUCUCAUGCCUGCUUCUGCUCACCACAGCCAAUGUGAAUGUGAAACUUGUAAAUGGCGGCAGUCCCUGUGCUGGGAGAGUGGAGGUUCUUCAUGAAGGAGAGUGGGGCACAGUGUGUGAUGAUGGCUGGGAUAUGGAGGAUGCUGCAGUGGUGUGUAGGCAGAUGUUCUGUGGAGAUGCUGUAGCAGCAAAAGAGGAAGCUCACUUUGGAGCAGGAACAGGGAGCAUCUGGAUGGACGACGUGGCCUGUGGAGGGUCAGAGUCGACACUGAAGGUCUGUAGACACAGCAGAUGGGGAGUUAAUGACUGUGGUCAUGAUGAGGACGCUGGAGUCGUCUGCUCAGGAAAUUUUGAAAUGCGGCUGACAGGAGGCCCUCAUCCGUGCUCUGGGAGACUGGAAUUUAAACAUGGAGACUCAUGGUACACAGUGUGUGACCCUGACUUUGACCUGCAGGAUGCAAAGGUCGUGUGUCGGCAGCUGGGCUGUGGGAUCCCUGUGGAGGAGCCCAGGAGGGCUGCAUUUGGGGAGGGGGGUGGGCAGGUGUGGUCAAAGAAGGUUAACUGCAAAGGGGAUGAAUCUGAUUUUGGUCAGUGUUUGAGAUCAUCCACAGAGGAACAGAACUGCAAUCAUGAGACUGACGUGGGACUGAAGUGCUUCUGGUACACAGACUCCAGGCUGGUGGGCGGCCCUGACUCCUGCUCUGGGAGGGUGGAGCUGCAGUACCUCAGUGAGUGGGGGACAGUGUGUGAUGCAUCCUGGGAUAUGAGAGCAGCCAGUGUCCUCUGUCGGCAGCUGCAGUGUGGGGGCGCUGUGGCAGUACCAGGACAGGCCUGGUUUGGAGAAGGGACAGGCCGCAUCUGGGCUGAUGUGUUUGAGUGCCAGGGGAAUGAGACACACCUCUCCCAGUGUGCUGUGUCCUCAUGGAGUCGAGCUGCAUGCUCUCAUGGACGGGAUGCAGGACUCAUCUGUAAUGGAUCUAAAUCUCUCUCAGCCCUCAAUGGGACAGUAAGACUGUCUGGAGAGAGUGGCUGUGAGGGUCAGGUGGAGGUUUACUACCAGCUGACGUGGAGCAGAGUUCUCAUGGACUCCUGGAGCUUCAGGGAGGCCUCUGUGGUCUGCAGGCAGCUGGGCUGUGGCUCUGCAGUGAGGCUGAACAGUUCCUCCCUGUCUGGGACAGGGGACAGUGAUGUAUGUCUGACAGGGUAUCAGUGCUCUGGGAAUGAAUCUCACCUGUUGAACUGCAGUGAUCCACAGAGACUGAGCUGCAGCUCUGAGCCACAGGUGUCCAUAGAGUGUUCCAAGUACAGGUCCAUCAGGCUGGUGGGUGAUGCUGGGGGCUGUGCAGGGAGGCUGGAGGUGCUCCACCAGGGCUCCUGGGGGACAGUGUGUGGAGACUCCUGGGACCUGAAGGAUGCUGAGGUGGUCUGCAGACAGCUCCAGUGUGGGACGGCUCUCCGUGACCCAGUGCCCACCUUCUUUGGACCAGGAACUGGACCCAUCUGGCUGGAUGAGGUGGACUGUGAGGGGAAUGAGACGUCUCUGUGGGACUGUCCUUCAGCACCGAGGGGACAGAAUGACUGUGUCCAUAAAGAGGACGUAGGAGUUGUGUGUUCAGACUUUAAAGAGAUCAGACUGGCUGAAGGCUGCUCUGGGCAGCUGGAGGUUUUCUAUAAUGGCAGCUGGGGAAAUGUGUGCUUCAAUCAAAUGAACUCAAACACCAUCAAACUGAUAUGUCAACAUCUCAACUGUGGAGAGAAUGGGACUUUUUCUAGCACAUGGUCUCGGCUGAAAGGAGCUCCGAACUGGCUUGAUAGUGUGGAAUGUCGCCCACAUGACUCCACACUGUUUCAUUGCCCGUCCUCUAACUGGGGAGAUAAUAAAUGUGAGAAAGAUGAAGUGGCUGAGAUCACCUGUUAUGGAUGUUCUGCAGCUUCCAAGGACAGACCAUGUUCACGCCACCCCUCCAUGAGACUGAAGGACGGCAGUACUGAGUGCUCAGGGAGGGUGGAGUUGUGGCAUAACAGCUCCUGGGGGACGGUCUGUGACGACUCCUGGGACCUGAGAGACGCCCAGGUGGUCUGCAGACAGCUGGGCUGUGGACCAGCACUGAAGGCUCAUUGGAACUCUGCCUUUAAACGAGGAAAUGGCACCAUUUGGCUUAAUGAGGUGAACUGCAGGGGUGAUGAGCUCUACCUGUGGGACUGUCCUCACUCUCUUCAGGAGCAGAGGAGCUGCAGCCACAAGGAGGAUGCUGGUGUUACCUGUGCAGGUUCAUCGCUGCUUAAGGCCACUACAGAGUUUCCUUCAAGAUCCACUACAACAAGAAAAGUUCCUCCUACAGUUGUACCCCCUUCCAUUCCUUUUGUGGUCUUCCUGGUACUGGGAGCUCUUCUCUUCCUGCUGCUGGUGAUAACAGCUGUCCAGUUGUACCAGAACAGACUGCUGAAGAGAGCUCUGUACCAGGAGGGUCUCACCCCUCUGCACGAGGCCAUUUAUGAGGAGAUAGAGUACAAUCUGACCAGGGGGGAGACCUACAGAGCCCCUCGCAAGGGAAGUGUCCUCUCUGAGGAGCUGCCCUCUGGGUAUGAAGAUGUGGAGGACAGUAAAGGAGACCCUCUCUCAGAGGAAUCAGAGAGAGAAGUGAAGGACGGUGAUGAUGAUGCUGUCAUUACAGGAAAGAUUGCUGAUCAUCUAUCAGGGGAUCUGGUGAUAAAAGACUCACCAGCAGACUAUGAUGAUGCUGGAUCUGUUGGACGGGACUCAGGACAUUUCUUUGGUUCAGGGUUGAUGGUGACAGGAGACACAGCAGAGGACUAUGAUGAUGUUGAGGGUAUAGAGCAGAGCCCACAUGUUAUACAGGGUGAGAGAGCUUUGACCACACUGCCCCCUGGGGAGGGCCCCCCUGAACCUGACCAGACUGACUAUGAUGAUGUGGGGGAGGAGGGACUGACAGUCCUGCCUGAAGAAGCUCCUGUCCAAAGGUUCAUGAAGAUGUUCUUCAAAUGAGCUUCAUGACAGCAGCAUCUACCACAUUAACUUAAUUAAUUGCGAUUCACCAUUUUAUGGAUUUUCAAGGUCUUAAGAUAUUUAUUUAAAAUAAAGGCAAUUUAAUAAUAUGCUCUUA